GUCCGGGUUGUGGCGUCAAUCGCAAAUCUUUGGACUUUUGAAGUUAAUUCAACCAAAAAUAAGUUCAUUUUAAAUACCAUUCCCAGUGUGUACAGAAGUUUUCUUGUGGUUUUCAAACAAAGUCUAGACGAUACAGUGAAAAUAAAAGUAAUUUAACUAAUUUCUGCCCUAAUUUCCUUAUUUAGUCAAAUUCAACCUGAUGGGGAAAAAUAAACUGCUUUUGGUUAUAGUGUCUUGAUCAACAAAUGGAUGCAUUCAUGCUUCACGUGUGGAGGCACUGGCCCUGACUGAGUCCUACCCACGAGUCAGUCUGUGGAGAUGAAGUUACACACCUAACACAAAGACAUCUCACAUCAAGUGGGCGUGGACGCAGAACAGCAGGUAAAGGGAGAUGCCAGACAGGGGACGACACCAUCGGAGGAGUGAUGUGUCCGCAGAGUCCAAGAGCAGGGAUUACUCACACAGGGGACAGCACUCUCUGUAUGAUAACCAGAGACACAGCCAAAACCCAGGAGGUGUAGAGGAGCGAUUCAGCAGUGACAGAAGAACCAAAGAGAACAGAAAGAGAGAAGUGACAAGUCCUCCUUUUCAUAAGGGGUCAGCUCCAUACAUUGCUCAUGAAAGGCCCUCAACACUGCCCAGAGAAACAUCAGUGUAUAACCAUGAGGUUUAUCAACAACAGCACAGAGAAGCCCUGUACAAUUUAAGGUACAUCCUAACCUCUAGAGGUAUCUGCCAGCUCAUGGAGAUCUCUGUGAAUCUUCUUAUCAUAAUCUGCGCCGCAGUGCCGUACAGCAACAAAGGGGGUUACCGCGACCUGGCCAGCCUCGGAGGAAUUUACGCUUAUUACUUUGGAGGUGCCAGCGCCUUCACUGGAGCUGAUGCAGACAGAGUCAAGGAGCUGGACCGCCUCUUCCACCAGCUCAAGCAGCCUCCAUAUGUCUUUUCAAUGGCCUGCGGUGGGAUUUUGAUGAUAUAUGCCGGUGUCAUGUUUGCCCUGGGGGUAUUCAGGGUCUCCUACCGCUGGCCCAUUGCGCUGCUUGUGGAAGCUGUUGUGAAUUUUCUGAUUGGCUUAGGUUACAUCGCUGGGUUGGUUUUCUACUUUAUUAAAAUACAGGAAACCUACCAAAACCCCAUCUGUCAGGAGAGGGAACAGAUGUACAAGAGCAAAGGACACAAGGGCUUUGACUGCAUCUUUAAUGGUGCAGAUAUCGCAGGAGGAUUGUUUGGAGUGGCAGGGAUUUUUGUUUUCAUCUUUGGUGGGGUGCUGGCAGUCAGAGCCUUCAAAUCAAUGCGAGAGCAGAAGAAUGAAAGAACAAAUGAGGACAAUUAUUUUUAAACAUGCUUUUCUUACUCACAUUAGAGAAAAAGUUCAACAGAUUGGAAGGGAUUUCCAUUAAGUCUUUUUCUGUAUUAAAUUUCUUUAUGCAAGCUGGAAUACGUUUUUAAUUCUUGAUGCUCUUUUCUUAUUUCUACUUUUGUACUGACCUUUUUUUUUUUGUAAAUGUCAUAAUAAACUGCCAGAUGAGAGUACGGUACAUACAAUUUCAUAAUUUUGGCAUGUAAAAAGAGGUAAUUGGAAAACAACUUUUCUUUCCACUUGUGAGAUGUAUGAUAGAACAUUUAACCUCUUGUAAAAAAAAAAAAAUCAUAAGCUGUUCUUAAUAUCGGAUGUGUUAGGCAGAGGAGGAGUUGGUGAAAUAAAUUCAAAACUCAUCUUGU